AUGGCUGGUGUAUUUCGCAAACGCUAUCUACUCGCACGUCUCCCCUGGAUCCCACGAUCGCGAUCGCACUCCAAUGGAAUACUAACCGAGGUAUCUUUCGCCGCAUUUAGGACCUUCAUCCGCAAGAACACCGUUCUUCUGACCACUGCGUUUGCCGGUGCUUUCGCCUUCGAGCUUGCAUUCGACAUCGGCUCCAACAAGAUCUGGGACUCCUGGAACCAGGGUCGCCAAUGGAAGGAUAUCAAGCACCGUUACAUGGUCAAGGAGGAGGAAGAUGACGAGUAA